AUGCUUAGGCUGGGCUACACCAAACCUGGGUCCUGGGCCAGCUUCUGGGCCAUCCUGACCUUAGUGGGCCUGGUCACUCGUGCAGCCCAGAAAACUGAUGUCGGUGGGGAAUCAACGGGCACCUCCAUCAACCACUCCCAGACGCUGCUCCAGCGCCUGCAGGAGCUGCUGCGGCAGGGCAAUGCCAGCGACGUGGUGCUGCGGGUCCAGGCUGCGGGCACCGACGAGGUCCGAGUCUUCCACGCCCACCGCCUGCUGCUGGGACUGCACAGUGAGCUGUUCCGGGAGCUGUUGAGUAACCAGAGCGAGGUGGUGCUGCAGGAGCCCCGGGACGGUGCUGCUGUCUUUGACAAGUUCAUCAGGUACCUCUACUGCGGCGAACUGAUCGUGCUGCUGGCGCAGGCCAUCCCCCUGCACAGGCUGGCCACCAAGUACGGCGUGUCCUCCCUGCAGCGGGGCGUGGCCGACUACAUGCGCGCGCACCUGGCGGGCGGCGCGGGCCCGGCGGUGGGCUGGUACCACUACGCGGUGAGCACCGGGGACGAGGCCCUGCGCCAGAGCUGCCUGCAGUUCCUGGCCUGGAACCUGUCGGCCGUGGCGGGGAGCGCCGAGUGGGGCGCCGUGAGCCCCGAGCUGCUGGCGCAGCUGCUGCCGCGCUCGGACCUGGUGCUGCAGGACGAGCUGGAGCUGUUCCACGCGCUGGAGGCGUGGCUGGGCCGCGCGCGGCCGCCCCCCGCCGUGGCCGAGCGGGCGCUGCGCUCCAUCCGCUACCCCAUGAUCCCGCCGGCGCAGCUGUUCCAGCUGCAGGCGCGCUCGGCAGCCCUGGCGCGCCACGGCCCGGCGGUGGCCGACCUCCUGCUGCAGGCCUACCAGUUCCACGCCGCCUCGCCGCUGCACUAUGCCAAGUUCUUCGACGUCAACGGCAGCUCCUUCCUGCCCCGCAACUACCUCGCGCCCGCCUGGGGCGCCCCGUGGGUCAUCAACAACCCGGCCCGCGACGAUCGCAGCACCAGCUUCCAGACGCAGCUGGGCCCCAGCGGCCACGACUCGGGCCGCCGGGUCACGUGGAACGUGCUCUUCUCGCCGCGCUGGCUGCCCGUCAGCCUGCGGCCCGUCUACGCGGAUGCCGCGGGCACCGCGCUGCCCCUCGCGCGCCCCGAGGACGGCCGGCCGCGGCUCGUGGUCACGCCGGCCAGCAGCGGCGGCGACGCGGCGGGCGUGAGCUUCCAGAAGACCGUGCUGGUGGGGACGCGCCAGCACGGCCGCCUGCUGGUCCGCCACGCCUACAGCUUUCACCAGAGCAGCGAGGAGGCCGGCGACUUCCUGGCGCACGCCGACCUGCAGCGGCGAAACUCCGAGUACCUGGUGGAGAACUCCCUGCACCUGCACCUUAUCGUGAAGCCCGUCUACCACCCGCUCAUCCGGACCCCCAAGUAGCCAAGCGGGGCCCGGGGCGGGAAGCUCGGCGUCCCUGAGGCCUCUGGAUCGGGAAAUACAGGCCCGGCAGAGAUGGGCCAGAGGGACUAGGAGUGGCAUGGCCAGUGGAGAUGCCCACUCUGGCCCCCUGGGUGGAAUCCAGCUGAGGGGUGGUAGACCAGAUGCCUGGUUUCAGGAGCUGAUUUCACGCUGAC